AUGAGUGACAAGAUAGAUGCAGAACAAUUCAUAAAAGAGGAACUGGAGCCCCCCUCUUGGCUCAAUUCCCAGUUUAUCGGACAAAUUCUAAGCGAGCACGAAGAGGCCUCAGAGCUGCAAGUGAUUGAUUUGAAAAUCAGACCCGCAAGCUUCGAGGGAGAUCACUAUGCCAGCCUAAUGUUUCGAACUACUGUGGAGUAUACCACCGCGAAGGGAAAGUUCUCCAAACACCUUAUUGUCAAGACGGAGUCGGAGCCGAAGGGACCCAAAAAGGAAUCACAUAUGUUCGAAACUGAGAUCGGGAUGUACUGUCAUGUUCUACCGGAGUUCGAGAGGAUUUUACGGGAAGCUGGGGAUAAGACAAAGUUAUUCGUACCCUGCCUUUACCAUAGCCUUGAACCGCACAAGGUGAUGAUAUUCGAGGAUCUGGUUCCAUUGGGUUACUCAUUGAUCCGGACACGUCCCGUUGAAAAGGUGGAGCUCAAAACAGCCUUCUCCAAGCUGGCGAAGUGGCAUGCAGUCAGCAUGAAAGUUAUCAAGGAGCAACCUCAACUAGUAGAGCAGUUUAAAUAUGGACUCUUUGAUGGGAUUAACAUCCAGACAGACUCUUUCAUAACUUCUGGCAUCUACAAAUUUAUAGAAAUGCUGGACAAAUUACCGAAGUUAAAGAAGUACAAGCCUCAUUUUGAAAAAAUUAAAGAUAGUUAUUUGCAACGAUUGAAAGAUGAGUGGCUAGAACAUCGCGAAAAUCGGAGGCUUGAUACGUACUACGUGCUGAGCCAUGGUGACUUCCACAUACGCAACAUAAUGUUCAAGAACAAUAGGGAGACGGGAGUCCAUGAGGAUGCUAUGCUGCUGGAUUUCCAGUUGAGCAAUGUUUGUCCCAUUAGCUCUGAUUUGAUAUUCUCCAUCUAUAUGUUGCUGGAGCCAGAACAGCGCCGAGAAAUGGGAAAGGACUUAAUUGACUAUUAUUUUAAUGUUUUGCUGGCCACUCUAAGGAGCAUCAGAUACCAAGGUGAUAUGCCAAUCGAAUCAAAAUUCUGGGAGGAAAUCCGGCGAAAUAAGUAUUUUGAUUUCUUCUUGUUAAGCACUUUUCUUCCUCCGAUUCUGGCAGUAAAAUCAAAAAGUUAUAAGAUGCAUGAAAUAGUCCCUAACCCGGAAAUAUGUCAAAAGGUCUACUUCAUGGACACUUACGUUGAAGAUGUCACCAAACUGUUGCCUCAAUUCGACAAACUCGGCUAUUUUGAGGGUCUCUAA